AAAGGGUGGCCAACCUGAUGUUUAUCUGCCGGCUGGAUGAAAAUGUUGUGAUGGAUCUGCGUGGAUAAUUCGAAACACCUUUAUCUCGCAUUUAAUCAAGUAUACUGGAUUGUAUACACAGAUCAGAAUUGUUAUAUUUGUCUGUUUUAGAAAGUUAACCUCUCGACAAAUGGUUGUGACUAUAUUCAGAUAGUCGUUAUUUGAAAUUAUCAUUAAACGAGACAAGGCAAUCUUUCUCAGAAUGUCAGAGGUGAUAGUUCAAUACGUGGUGCUGCGGGGAGAUCUGUCAAGGAAGCUUAGGUGGCCAUUGGGUGCCGUGAUUGCCCAGGCGUGUCACGCGUGUACUGCUGUUACACAUCUCUUUUACAAUGACGUCCACACGCAGGCCUAUCUCGCCGAUUUAGACUCUAUGCAUAAAGUCGUUCUCGAUGCCGCCGAUGAAGCCGAUCUGAAGACGCUGAGUUCGGAAUUGAAGGCAGCCGACAUUCAGCACAAGCUGUGGAUAGAACAGCCUGAAAACACCGCGACGUGUUUGGUAACGAAGCCCUAUCCCAAGAACAAGGUGCAAUCGUAUUUUGCGAAAUAUAAACUGUUGAAAUUAUAAUGAUAGCGAAGUGAUAAAUAAUAAAUAUCGCUGCGAUGAGGAAUGUCCCAGAUUACUUUUUAUAUAUUACAUUAAGUCAAAAUUAAAGAAAGGGCUCCAGCAGAGCCAUUUCUGAAAAUACUAUCUGUCAUUUGUAUCUAAAGAAAUAAAGUCUAGAAGACAGAUUUUUUUUACAAAAUA